CGGAGCGCCGCGGCCAUGCGGCUGGUGUGCGCAGCCUGGCCCGGGCCGGGCGGCUCGCCCGCGCUGCUGCCGCUGCUGCUGCUGCUGCUGCCGCCGCCGCUGCUGCUGCUGAGCUCCUGCCCGGGGCUCGUCGGGGCGGCUCGCAGGCCCAACGUGCUGCUGCUGCUCACCGACGACCAAGACGCGGAGCUCGGCGGCAUGACACCGCUGAAGAAAACCAAGGCCCUCAUUGGAGAGAAGGGGAUGACUUUCUCUAGUGCCUACGUGCCCAGCGCGCUCUGCUGCCCCAGCAGAGCCAGCAUCCUGACGGGAAAGUACCCGCACAAUCACCACGUGGUGAACAACACUCUGGAAGGCAACUGUAGCAGCAGGUCCUGGCAGAAGAUCCAAGAGCCGAGCACCUUCCCCGCCAUCCUGAGGUCGGCGUGCGGCUAUCAGACCUUCUUUGCUGGGAAGUAUCUAAAUGAGUACGGAGCCCCAGACGCAGGUGGACUGGAGCACGUCCCUCUGGGCUGGAGUUACUGGUAUGCCUUGGAGAAGAACUCUAAGUACUAUAACUACACCCUCUCUAUCAACGGGAGGGCUCGGAAGCAUGGGGAGAACUACAGUGUGGACUACCUGACGGAUGUUCUGGCCAACCUCUCCCUGGACUUCCUGGACUACAAGUCCAACUCGGAGCCAUUCUUCAUGAUGAUAUCCACUCCAGCGCCCCACUCACCGUGGACAGCCGCACCUCAGUACCAGAAGGCUUUCCAGAACGUCUUCGCACCAAGAAGCAAGAACUUCAACAUCCACGGCACGAACAAGCACUGGCUCAUUAGGCAGGCCAAGACUCCAAUGACGAACUCUUCAAUCCAGUUCCUAGAUGACGCUUUCAGAAGGAGGUGGCAGACUCUGCUCUCGGUUGACGACCUUGUGGAGAAGCUGGUAAAGAGAUUAGACGUCACUGGUGAGCUGGACAACACGUACAUCUUCUAUACCUCAGACAACGGCUACCAUACAGGGCAGUUCUCUUUGCCAAUAGACAAAAGACAGCUGUACGAGUUUGACAUCAAAGUGCCACUGUUGGUUCGAGGGCCUGGCAUCAGACCGAACCAGACAAGCAAGAUGCUGGUCUCGAAUAUUGACUUGGGCCCCACGAUCCUGGACCUUGCUGGCUAUGACCUGAAUAAGACACAGAUGGAUGGGGUGUCCUUACUGCCCAUUCUGAAAGGAGCCAGUAACGUAACCUGGAGGUCAGACGUCCUGGUGGAAUAUCAAGGAGAAGGCCGGAACGUCACUGACCCGACCUGUCCUUCCCUGAGUCCUGGAGUGUCUCAAUGUUUCCCAGACUGCGUGUGUGAGGACGCUUACAACAAUACCUAUGCCUGUGUGCGGACGCUCUCGUCCCUCUGGAACCUACAGUACUGCGAGUUUGAUGACCAGGAGGUGUUCGUAGAAGUCUAUAAUAUAACUGCAGAUCCAGACCAGAUCACCAACAUUGCUAAAAGUAUAGACCCAGAGCUUUUGGGAAAGAUGAAUUACCGCCUGAUGAUGCUCCAGUCCUGUUCGGGGCCAACCUGCCGCACUCCAGGAGUCUUUGACCCUGGGUACAGGUUUGACCUGCGUCUCAUGUUCAGCAAUCACGGCGGCAGCGUCAGAACAAGAAGAUUCUCAAAGCAUCCUCUGUAGUGACGGUGCCCAGCCUCUGCAGUUGGAUCCUCGCACACCCCUUUCUCAUGAAGUGGUUGGUAGUAGGAGCCCAUGCCUGGAAGAGCUCUCGCCUGGCUGUUUAGAGUCCUGUUGGAAAAAUCACCCGGUCAGCUGACUUCCAGUACUGUGAAUCCACCCCUGUGUCAGAAGUGGCUGAUCCUGUCUCUUCCUCAGAUGACAACCAACACUCCUGAGGUCUUCGUCCUCUCCAUGUCCCUUCAUCUUGGGUGGGCGCAGUGUGUGAUGAUCUCCCACAUGGUCAAGUCUAAAUCCGUAAAACUGUUCAGGUCAAUGGCAGUACUUGAGGGCAGAAAGAAAAGGCCUUUUGGUCUGUAGCUCAGCCCCACAUCAAAAGUCCUGUAUAGCAUUUCCGCCCCUCACUGUCAAAAACACACACAGCCCUGAAAAGAACUGUUUGUGGAGAUGUAGAGAAAAGAUGCUUCUAACUUCCAUCACAGUGUGGUAAACAUGCAGCUUGUCACCCAAGCUCUGUCCUAUUUUGCUGGGAUCCUGGGCUGUGCUGAUGCAGCAGCAGGCUGUGGGGGGUCAAGGUGAAUCCCCGGGAGCUCUGGAAGUCAUCGGCUCUUCAGUGGCCCCAGCGGCCGUGAGUGCUGGGAGGCACUGGGGAGAGGCAUGCCGGGGGGAGGGCUGCACAGAAGUGCCUGUCGGGAGGGACCUCAAGUGUGGCUGCUGCCACUUGAGAUGACAGUCACUGUCAAGGUGACUGGCUGCAGUUAGCUGCCAUUCUCAUUUAAAAGGUGAUAGUGUCUCCCGGUUGGUGUGAAGGACCAGCAACUUCAUCCCCCCCCUCCCCCUCCCUGUCACGAAAGCUCUUGAGUUUCCAGUCGGUAUUCCCCUGCCCAGGGUUCCUCGCUGCCCAGAACGACAUCGUCCUGUCCCUUCACUGAAAGACCAAGUCCACUCUGACAUUUCCCGGAAGGGCCGCGUGCUGUUAGGACAGCAGAGGAGGAGGGAGAGCCGGGUUAACCUGUUCAGCUUAGGCACUGAGUGACCCGAGCUUCACACGGCCUCUGUCCGGCUUUAAACACUGCAACCCACGGCUAGACGCCACUUGGGGAUGCCAGAGGCCAUGUUGGGGUAAUAGCCAUGGAGUUGAUUCCUUUACCUCAUGUGACCCCAGCAACUGCGGUGACACUGAGAAUCUGGCCAUGGAGGGAAAACGUUUUUAAGUUACAGAACUGAAUAUGGGUACUGGCUCCAUUCACUCGCCUGGGAUUCUAAACACCAUCAGUCUACACUAGUGAAAGUUGACCAUAGCUGUCCCCAAAUAAAAAGUAACCAGCUCUUACCAGGCCGUGGACUGUGAUGUCAUAUUCUUCAGUUUUGUGGCUGGCUCCUGAAAGUAAGCAAAGCCAGAAUUGACCGGUCAGCUGCCACGAGGGUUUCUACCUCGCUGUCCGUACAGUCAGGGGACGCAGUCGGGUGGUGGGACAGUUAUGGUGCCAUUCCUGCCAACACCGGAGUGGACCUCAGUUUAUCCUGACAGAGUGCAGCGUGCACGGCUUCCCACCUACAAGGGACGCACGGCAAGAGCCCUGCAAUCUGUACUCAUGUGAAUUUUGAUGUCUCCUUUGAAGGCUGGGGCCGUGUCCGCUGGUGCUUUUCAAAAUAGAGAACCAUAAAACCAAAAUGGAAUGCAGGGACUUUGCCUUAGAAGAUUUCCUGUUUCAGAACUGUCCCUCAGACACAAUUUCAAAGUCGGGUACAUGUUUAGAGUGUCUUUGGGCUUAACAAAAGGUACUGUUGCAACACCUUUGGAAUUGUCAGCGCUAGGGUUUUUGUACGAAAUAGUAAGGGUAGCUGUGGAAGUUACACCUUAACCUGUGAGAAACAUUCAGAAGUACCUGCAGACAACGUUUUUUCUUUAAUGAAAGGUGGUGGGCCAGACUCCUCAAGAGAAAGCACAGGGGGUACCCAGCCGAACAGCACUGGGGUCACUGGUACGCUGCCGUUCUUCAGCUCGCCAGCACCUUCUGCUCAAUGGACUGAAUUCCCUUCUCAGUAUCACUUGUUCAAGACGUUCCUCUGCCCCGGCGCUCUGUCAUCUCACUCACGUAGAAAGUGCCCUUCAAAGGACCCUGUUCACUGCUGCACUUUUCAAUGAUUAAAACUUAUUUCUGUUCUA